CACCUAGAUCAUUGUUAUCCUUUAGUAGAAGUGAUCGUGCACGCUAUGAUAUUUAGGAAAGUUUGCGCUAGUUUAAUAAUUAUCGGUUUGGCAGCAGAAGUUUGGUCACACGUUGAAAUAGAAGCUGAAGAUUAUUUCUUUCCUCUAGAACCGGUAAUAAAUUUCUGCAAGAUGUCUGAAACGUGCACACAUGAUUUUGUGCCGAUCUGCGGGCAGGAUUCCUUGGGUAUAUCCCGAAUGUUUAGCGAUAAUUGCGACUUAUUCGAAUACAACUGUGAUGAAAAGAAACAAUAUCGGCACGUGAAGAUGGAGGUGUGCAAAUACGAAUUAGAAGCUGCUGCCGAACUUAAUUAAUUUGGAUGUCGCUACGUGUAAAUAAAUUAUUUAUACAAAUAAAUAAUUGAUUAGCUAAUAAGUGACAGGUUACGAUGAAAUUAUUUACUUUACUUGUUCGAGAAUUACGCAUCGCUUUUUGACUACCUAUGGAAGAUUUUGGCUACGUUUUUACCUGACGUUUUUACAAUAUUUUUGAAUAAAAAUAAUUUGGGUAGUUAAAUAUGAAACGGUUUGGUUGUUUUAUAAUAUUUUAAUAAAGUUUGUAU